AGAUACUAAAAGCCCUCAUCUUUGAUAUCAGGAGUUGAUCAUCCUCUUCUUUUCUCUUAACAAAGAGAGCUUUAACUCCUCUGACUUCUGUGAAGAGGCUUCCAGUUAAAAAGCUGCUUAAGCAAAACCAGAAUCAGGCCCUGCACAGUCAGGAUGUGAGAGGAAAGCUUUCUUGGUGUCUUAAUCAAGGAAUGCUCCCAAAGAAGAAACAUACAAUCUAUGAUGAAGCAGUAGAAUGCAUCUAUUAACAUAUUUACUUCCCCAGUAGCGAUGUUUUUCAUGUGACCCCUUUCAUUUUUCAGAUGAGUGAUUUUGGGAUCAGGAACAUGGAUCAAGUAGCUCCUGUGUCAAACAUGUACAGAGGAGUGCUCAAGCGUCAACCAGCAUUUGACACCGUUGAUAGUUCAAGCUCUCUCUUUGCUGGAUAUUUUUUCUCACUAAAUGAAGAUCAAACACUUCAAGAAGUGCCAACAGGAUUUGAUUCUACUUCUUAUGAGUCAAACAACUGUGAAUUGCCUCUGUUAACCCCAUGCAGUAAGGCUGUGAUGAGUCAGGCCUUGAAAGAUACUUUCAGUGGUUUCACAAAGGAACAGUAUCGACUUGGUAUCCCAAAUAAUCCCUGGCUAUGGACUGAACAGCAGGUUUGCCAGUGGCUUUCAUGGGCUACCAAUGAGUUUAGUUUGGUAAACGUGAACUUUCAUCAGUUUCUUAUGAAUGGCCAAGACUUAUGCAACCUGGGCAAGGAGCGUUUCUUGGAAUUGGCACCUGAUUAUGUGGGUGAUAUUCUGUGGGAGCACCUGGAGCAGAUGAUAAAAGACAGCCAAGAGAAAACGCAGGAUCAGUAUGUGGAGAACUCUCAUCUCACCUCAGUUCCUCAUUGGGUCAAUAAUAACUCCUUAACUGUUAAUGUGGAUCAGGCCCCCUAUGGUAUGCAAAUGCCUGGAUACCCUAAAGCCCUCAGUUACCCUAAACCCAGUAUCUUGAGUGACAUCUGUCAGACUUCCACGGGACCAAAUCUUCUCAAUCCAGAACAAGAGUUUCCGUUGUUCCCUAAAACCCAAAUAGAUGCAGUUGGUGUGAACUAUUGUGCAGUAAACCAAGACUUCACGAGAAGCAAUCUGAACUUGCUCAUAGAUAAUUCUGGCAAACUUAGAGAACACGAAUCUAGCGACAGUGGUGCAGAAAGUUAUGAAAGCUCAGAUUCGAUGCUACAGUCUUGGAACAGCCAGUCAUCAUUAGUGGACUUACAGCGUGUGCCAUCCUAUGAGAGUUUUGAAGAUGACUGUAGCCAGUCUUUGUGUCUGAACAAACCUACAAUGUCUUUCAAAGACUAUAUUCAAGAAAGAAGUGAUCCUGUAGAGCAAGGGAAGCCAGUUAUACCGGCAGCAAUUUUAGCUGGCUUUACAGGCAGUGGACCUAUACAGCUAUGGCAAUUCCUUCUGGAGUUACUGACUGACAAAUCCUGUCAGUCAUUUAUUAGUUGGACUGGAGAUGGAUGGGAGUUUAAACUUGCUGACCCAGAUGAGGUGGCACGGAGGUGGGGAAGAAGGAAAAACAAGCCAAAAAUGAACUAUGAGAAACUGAGCCGAGGCCUACGCUACUAUUAUGACAAGAACAUCAUCCACAAGACUUCAGGGAAACGAUACGUAUAUCGCUUUGUAUGUGACCUACAGAACUUGCUGGGGUACACAGCAGAAGAACUUCAUGCGAUGCUCGGGGUGCAGCCCGACACAGAAGACUGAGCCUACUGAUCUCAGGCUGAACUGGCAAAGAUCACAUGUUGGAACUGUGACUGGGAACCAUCUGUGGUCAGUUCUUCUGACUGCUCAGAUUGGUGCAACUGUUAAGAAAUAAGGACCUUAACUGAUUUUGUAACCAGGGAAAGUUAGAAGGAAAUGGCCUUAUUUCAUCAGUGGCUUCAGAUGUGGCCAUGUCGGGCAUUUGAGCAGCAUGGAAGUCAGCACAGAUCCUAGCUCUGUCACGAAGAUGCAGAAAUGCUCCAGGGCUAAGCAUUUCGGCUACUUACACUGCCAUAUAAAGCAUUUUGGCUACUUACUGCCAUAAAAUAAUGGGUUGGCUUUAAAACCAAAGGUUGGAUGAGAAACCAGUGAUGCAGCAGAAUUAUUGUUCAGAUUUUUAAAAUAUCAUCCUUGCUUAUAUCAUGCAAUUUAUUUAAAAAAAAAAAAACAAAACUAAUUUAUUUUAAAAGAGCAGUAAGAAGAAUUGGUAUUAAGUGUUUUCUUCUAAGGCACGUUUUACUGUCAAUAUUACUCCAGAAAUGUGCUGCAUAGGUACAUAAAGAGUCUGUGUCCAAAACAAGAUGUAGCAACUGUUCAAAAAAACAACACAAAAGCCCUUUUAAGAAGGGAAGGAAAAUCAUACCAUUUCAAUAUUCAGUUUGUAUAUAUUCUGUGAUUCUUUUUGAAAUUCUUUAAUAUUCCUAUUUAACAGAUAUUGUAUAGUGUAAAUUAAACUAACUGUACGUGUCUUGAACUAGGACGAAUGUAAACUUAACAAAUGGUUGUUUCAUGUUUGUCUAGGAUAUACAACCUUCUGAAAAUAUUUAAGUGGCCUGAGAGACAGCAUAAGUGCUCAGCAUGCAUGCAUAUGGUAUGCCUAUCACAUGAAAUGUGUAAGGGGCGGGGGUUGGCUAAGUAUUUUGCCAAGACCGACGCUGGCAAUUCUUUGUGCAUUUUGGCAUUUUUACAAGAAACUAAUAUUAUAUUCUGGGACAUAAAGGGCCUAUUCGUGGUUUCUUCUGUAACUGAAAAUGAAAAUAUUAAUAUGGAUAAAAUUACCUUUUUUUCCUUUAAAAAUGGCAUAUGUUUUUCAACUUCUAUGCAUGUCCUUUUCAAAAAAUUUAUAUACAAGCCUAUUUUUUCAGUUGACUUGUCUCUUCUUCCUGCAGUUUAUCCUGUAUGAUUAAAAUAUGAAUUCUAUUUUUGGAAAUAACUGUGACUCCUUUUCAAAGAUCAGGAGGGAUUUAUGUAGCAGCUAUUUUUACUGCAAAAAAAACAAUUCACUGGAAAAAUGUACUUUGUAAGAAAGCUUUAUUUUUUAUCUGAGCUUGAUGUACAUUUAAAUGUGUUGUAUAGUGUGAGAGGUUUAAAAACAUGAAUCCUUAUUAAAACCUCUUG